UCAUUGACCCGUGUCGUGUAGCUAAUAGACCCUGAAUAGUCUCUUUCACGCAAUUUUAGCACCUUCUGCAGCCUCAUUCCACGCCUGAGCUGCAUGCUUCAACUAAAUAUUGGCAUUAAUCAAAGCUCGAGGUGCUCUGCUUACCGAUAACAGAUGAAAAGUGACAUAAGAAAGUUAUUAAUAGUUAUUAAUAAUUCGGUGCCCUUUUAUAAUACAUAUGUAUAUGUUAUAAUAUUGAGUUGAUAAAAUGCUGUUGAGUGAAUUUAUUAUUUUUGCCUUUGUGGUGUGUGGUAUGUUUCCUGUCGUCGAAGUUCUGAAUGCGGAAAGAGUUCGAAGGACAACUACAAGUAAUAUUCUUUCAAGGAAGCGAAGAUAUGUAGCCUUUCCAGAAGGUUCAUCGUUUACGGUAGCUAUAUGUCUUCAAGGUGGGGUCGUUGGCAGACCAAACGUGAAUUUUCUCUCCUUUGCGGUGAACUGGGGUUUGGCUUAUGACUUACCGAAUGAAACUUGGGUUCUGGCUAACGCACACGGAUUUAAAGAAGGAGAUAAUAUUAUCAACAAUAUUAUAGCAAGCGAUAUAGCAACUGAAGCAAAAACAAAAAGAAUGUUUAGACGAGAUUUAUAUAAGAAAAUAGAGAUAAUUUUAAAUAGUCUAGGAUACAACGGAACAGAAUGCAUUAUGAAGACGCUUUGCGAGAGUACAAAAGCACUUGCAGCGAGGAAUGCAAACAUGGUGGGAAGAAUGCUUCGAACUAUAUUCAGCUUCCCAAAAGUGAGACCAUUUGCUAGGGAGCACCGGGAGAUUCAUGAAUACGAUCUGGCCUACCGGACUGGUGAAGCUAGUGACUGUUCCUUGCUGUAUCCAUAUUGUGAUUUUUCUAUACUUGACUUCGCUUUGGGGAAAUACCUACUUCCCUAUAAAUAGUAAAUUGAAAGUGCAUAAGAAUGUUUGAUUUUUAAUCAUGACGUAUGUACUA